GUUUUUUAAUAAGGAUGAAAACUGGGAGCUUCACAACCACUUGACUUAUGAACUUUGGGUAAGAAGAGAAGCUGUUCCAGAGCAUUCUAGGAUGAUUCAUAUGGAUUUGGGAAGAAAAUUUGGUGAUGGCUGGAGAUGCUCUGAAUCCCCAUGACCCAGUGCUGGGUUGCAGCUCCAUGGAUGUACUGGGACAGCAUCCCAAAAGGAGGGGAUUUCGGAAAGAGCCGAGCUGGGGUGUAUGGAAAGAAGCCCUGCCUGCCAGCACUGUUUCCUAAUCCUGGGGACCAAAAACCUCUGAUCGUUAAACCAGUGUUCAGAGAUUCAACUGAAGGCUGCUGAGCAGACAACAUCCAAGCUGACCUUUCAGGAGAUGAGCAAAAAAAAAAAGACAAAACACAAGGGGGUUACUGUGCAAACGCUGGAGAAAAAUAGUCAUGUUAAUAAGGGACCCCACCCUUAAAGAAGACUUAUUGCUAAUGCAUGCCCAGGACAUUUCUCUGUGAUGGCAUGCUAAAAAAUUCCUCUCUGAACAGGGACCAAAGGCUUUGUUGUGGCAUGAGUGAGGCUUACAGUUCCCAAGAAAAAUCCUGUCCCUCUCUUGCAUCAUACAGUCGGGGAUGGAGAGGACAUUUCUAGACAAAAAGGCAGCCAGCCGGGAAGGAGGACAAACAGGGAAUACAUUCCUGACUUGCUAUUUAAUUGCUUUCAGUGCAGGUGCAAAGAGCUAAAUGAAAGGAAAAAUAAGGAUGAGCAUGUGGGGCCAAAUUAAUCUCAGCUUUAACCAUAAGAAGGAGGCAGCUGCUGUAACAAAUGGGCUUCCACCCCUUUUCUUUACGGUUUAUGUGCUUUUCCCCCCCCCCCCCCAGGGACCAGGCUCAUUGCCGUGGUGCCAGUGGGUGAUGCUCUGGCCAGGUAAGGAGGUGAUGGGGACGGUCCCCUCCAGCGUGGCAGGGUGGCUGGUGCUUGCUGGGUGCCUGCCCUCCUGUUCUGCCCGCGGUGGCUUCGGGGUUUCAGCCAGGCUCUGGCAGGACUGGGGUGGCUGGUAGCCCCCUCAGAGGGAUGUCGCUGAUGCCAGCUAUUAGGUGGCUUUGAAACUGGGUCUUGGCAGGACAAUGUCCCUUGGCUCUCAGCUUGUGAGACCACAUUUUGGGUGGAGGGCUGGCAGUGCCAGGGGUACGUCUGCUUUUCUCUUUCCCCGUGGAUGUAAAGCACUUCAAAUGCAUAAAUUGCCCUUUGUGGCUCUGCACAGAGUUUCCAGCCUGGUCCCUUUCAGCGGUGAAAUAGGUGUAAUGGAAGGUUUAGGGGACUCUGAUGCCUCAAGGGCUGAUGUGGUCCAGUGGCUACAGCAUCUCUUGAGCCUCAGGAUCUGACUUCUCUGCCACACAGUUCGGCUCUUAAAUGCACAAAGAGGAAAAAAUCCUCUUUUUUUGCUGUGCCCAGGAACAGUUCUGCAAGCAGAGCAGCCUCGAAGACAGUGCAAUCCCCUCUUGGAAGUAGGGCAUUUCGUCCCCAAAAUAAGUGGGAUAGGUUUAACGACAGAAACCCUCCUAUCCCAGAAAGUGAACUUCACCCUCCCAGGGAAACAAUGCAGAGCUGCUGCUGCCAGCCUGGGACCGGCUCAGCUGCAGUCCUGUACACCGUGUACUCCUUAAUUUAAUAGGCCAGGAAAUGUGAAGGUCUGUUUGCAUGUAAUUAAAGUCCCUACAAUGUCCCUGGGAGGAUGCCUGCCAGCGCCGGCCCCAGCGGGGCUUGGGGAUGACCCUCAGUCAUCCCCACAGCUCUUUUGCUGGCCAGAGGAGCAGGGCAUCCUCAGUUUCCCUCCCUGCCUUGCACAUCGUAUUUUUUAAGCUCUUGUGAGCUCUUUGUCCCUCUCAGGGUUUCACACCACACAUUGAGCUCUCACUGUGUUACACUGAAAGAAAUACAAAAAGAACAAGGUGGGAACUUGAUAGAGUGCGGAAAAAAAAAAAAAGCCUACUCAUUAAAAUGACAAAAUGACCCAAGUAUUCCUCUUUACAACAUUUACAGUCCAGGCAUGUACCUGUGUUUAUCCAUGAUGCUCCCAUGGACCUGUGUGGUCCAGGAGCAUCGCUGUGGGGGGGUGUGUGUCUGUGUGUGCUGCGAGUCUCCUGGUUGUCUGAGCAACGGGAUGUUCAUCACUAACUCCAAGGAUAAUUAACUCAUUUUUCUGUAUUUAUAGAAAUCCAAUGCAGGGUGUGUUGGCACUUAUCCCUGAUGGGGCCACAUUUGGCCACAACAUCUUGAAUUUUGGCCAUUUCUUGCAAUAUGGCAGCUUUGUCAUCAUCCCUGCUGCCUGCUCAUUAAGCCUGAAAUCGGGCAGUUCAUUAAGCCCGCAGGGACAGGGCUGCCAGCCCUUGCCUGGGGGUGAAACACCGCAGCAGCUGCCUGUGCCGGGCUGCCCGUGGGUGCCCACCUCUGUGCGCCCUGCUCCUGCUUUGCCAGUGCAGGGGAUGUUUGCAUCAGCGUUGCCGUCUCCAGAUGCCUGCAUACGCCUGGGCUAAAAACAGCAUAGCUCCCGGCUCGGCUGCCAGCAAGGGGAAAUUUUGCUGCUUUGAGGGUUUUGUUGCAGGGAUGUGAUGCAAAGACGGGCUGGAGCAUCCUGACUCGGCACCGCAGCAGCGGGAGACCCGUGGGGGAAGACAAGGAGCAUCUUCUCAGCGUCAGGGCGUGCGUAUGCCAGGAGAUGAGUGACGAGCAGCUCCCCGCAUCUCUCCGUCACCCCGCCACGGAGGGGGACGGCAACGUCUCAGCCCCGGGCUGCCCUGAGCCCUGGGUCGAGCCCCGGUUCACGCAAGCGGCGAGGGUCCGCGUGAUCAUCACGGCCAUCUUCUUCUUGCUGGCGGCGGGCAGCAAUGCGGCAGUGCUCGGCAGCCUGCUGAGGAAGAGGAGGAAAUCCCACGUGCGGCCGCUGAUCCUCAGCCUGGCGCUGGCUGACCUUCUGGUGACGGUGGCGGUGAUGCCCCUGGACGCGGCGUGGAACGUGACGGUGCAGUGGUACGGCGGGGACCUCUCCUGCAAGCUCCUCAACUUCCUCAAGCUCUUCGCCAUGUACGCGGCUGCCCUGGUGCUGGUGGUCAUCAGCCUGGACCGGCACGCAGCUGUCCUCCAUCCCUUCUCCCGCGCUCGCCGCCGCAACGGGCUGCUGCUCCGUGCUGCCUGGGCUGGCAGCCUGCUCCUGGCUUCGCCCCAGCUUUUCCUCUUCCACCUGCGCACGGUCCCAGGAGGGAACUUCACCCAGUGUGUUACUCACGGGAGCUUCCGAGCGCACUGGGAGGAAACCGUCUACAACAUGUUCACCUUCAGCACCCUCUACAUCACCCCGCUGAGCGUCAUGAUUGUUUGCUACGUCCGGAUCAUCUGGGAGAUCAGUAAGCAACUGAAGAUCAACAAAGGUUUGAUAAGAAAUCAAAAUGACCACAUCUCCAAGGCACGCAUGAAGACUCUCAAGAUGACAAUAGUGAUUGUUGCCACCUUCAUCAUCUGCUGGACCCCUUACUACCUCCUGGGCUUGUGGUACUGGUUCCAGCCAGCCAUGAUCCAGAAGAUGCCAGAGUAUGUCAACCACAGCUUCUUUCUCUUUGGCUUGCUGCACACCUGCACCGACCCUGUCAUUUAUGGCCUGUACACCCCCUCCUUUCGGGAGGACGUGCAGUUGUGUCUCAGGGGCAUUGAAACAGCCAUUACCAGGCAUGAGAGACACAAACCUGUCUCAGUUUCAGAGAAGACUGUCAAGGAUGGUGUUGUAGAUGGUGGAGUGGCAUCAGGGGGCUCCAAUGGGACAACUGUCAACACGGUCUGCUGAAGAGACAUACCCACAAGGAGGUGGGAAGCACAGCUUUGGGGGCUGCUUUGUGCCAUAGGAUCAUUCUGGAGACUGUCAUAAGGAGGUUUGCUACCCAACUUUGGUGGGUGAAGGCAUCUAGCCAGCAACUGGAAAUGUGUGCUCUGCCUGUACUCAGGGUGAAAAACAUUUAGGUGUAUUUAUGGUCAUUCUUCUAUAUACUGGCAGCCCUGGGACAACUAGAAAACCAUACUUUUUGUACCCUACACACACUCUAGCCCUGAUUCUGGCCUCAAGCAUCUUCCACGCUUCCAGCAUCAGUCCCUGGGAGGAGAUACAGUAGCUCCUCCAUGGCCCAGGGCCACAUCUCCCAGGGUGGCCAAUCUGUAAGUGCCCUUUGCACCUACACCAAAGUGCAGAGCUGCACAGAUGCACAGCGCUAUGUGGUGUCACCCUGAGAGGCUGUCAGGGUGCAACCACAGGCUUUUACUCUGUUUUAUCCACUCACUGUAGGAAAGGCCCUCUAGAAAUUUUGGUUCUCCUGGCUCAGAGGCCACUUGGUUCUCCCAUGGCCAUGUGUGAAGCCCUAGGAAAGAUGUAAAUCUUUGGGGAGUGACUAAUGCAGGGGCAUUAGUCCCCCUGGGCUACCUCCAUGGUGGGGAGGGAGAAGGUGCUGUGAGGAUGGAAGGGCUUGGGCAAGAGGUAUAUGAAGAGUUACAGUAGGAUGGAGUGAGGUUUCUUCUCCCCUUUUGGCCACAGCCAGAACAGAAACCAGUCCCUGCUGCCUUGUUCUGGCAUGCAGGGGGUGGUAGGAACACAUCCUUACAUAGCAGCUCUCUGGGACACAUAGUUGACCAGGAGAGAGAGUAUUUGGUGACAUAAACUCUCCAGGGCAAGAGCUGGUAGGUCUCAGACCACAUACUGGGCUGUCCCCAGCAGCUAGCACAGACUGAAGGGAGAAAACCCCCCAUUUUCUUCUCUGUUUUCCCCUCUCAUUUAUAUACAUUGUCUUUACCUUGAUGGCUUGACCCAACACCUGCAGCUCAUCUCUGCCCUGAGCAGGGUGGGUGCAGCCACCCCACAGGUGAUGUCCAGGGUGUCCCAACGAGGAAAGUGAUGGGAAGCACCUGUGGAUGAAGGGGCCCAUCAACAUCCAUUGAUAACAGGUGGGUGCUGAUGGUCUUUGACUGCACCAUGAGGGCAAGGGAGGCUGUUGGAAGGAUUGUCUGAGUUGUGGUGAGUAAAAUGGAUUUUUUUUUUUGCUUUUUACCAAUGUGCUAGAAGUUGCUUAUGAAGGUGGAGGCCUCUUCCCUAGGUGUGGGUUGAAGAGAUGGGUUUAUUCAAUUGUGUUGUUCCUUUCUGUGCAAUUAGAAAUAGUGGGUUAUUUCUUUGUUCUUUCUCUGCUGAUUGUUAUUAAUCAUAAUAUUAAAUGUAUUUUUUGCCUUUGAAGAGAAUUUAGUUUUGAUCCAGGUGGAGGGGCUCUUUUGUUGUUUUUGUGAAAUCUUUGGGCAGCUCAGGAGCUCUGGAUUUGGCAGGAGGCAGUUCCCUGGGCAUUUCUGUGGUGACUGCGGUUUUGAAUGAGCAUCUGGACUUUAUCAUGACGAAAGAGUUUUGUUUUGUGUUAAAACCAACUCUGGACUUGCUGUGGUUGUAUGUGUAAGGAAGCUGGGAGAUGUCUCCCCAAGAAAGCAAAUCUGCUUUGGGUAUCAAGGGGGUUUUCUUGACUCUGUCUCCAAGAGGAGAUGGAUCCUCAUCGGUCAGAAAGGAUCUGUACUGGUCUCCCAGUGCCCCAGCUAGCAAAUUAUUAAAAUUGGAGAGGUGGGUGGUGUUUGCAGGUUGGCUGAGGCUGAGCAGUGAGGAUACAGGAAGCCAUAGUGCUCAGGGUGAUGUUGAGCUGUGGAUGGGUGUCAAGCCCUUGCCUUUCCCCAUGCUAACUGUAAUUUAUGCUAAACAUGCUGCUCAAGGAGAAAAAAAAAAAAAAAAUCAAUUAAAGCUGCAGGAGCCCAGACUGACUGGUGGGAAUUAGUGUGAAUCCUUUAGGAAGCAUCCAAACUCCAAUGAGAUGCAUAAUCGCUGUUUGGCUUUCCUGGGCUCGUUCUGCUCAAGGUUAAUUAGGCAACGCUAACAGGAGCAGGACUUACUGCUGCCAGGCUGGCUCAGCUUGACUGGUGCAAAAAAGUGUUUCUUGUAAGGUGAUGGGAAUGACUUGCAGUAGGGGAAGCUAAUUUAUUCAUCAGACACUCAUUUGGUCUCUCUGUUUGUAUUACUGAUGAUCACUAAUGGGAGGCAGACUUUGAAAGUGUGUUGGUUUUCUGGCAAGCCUCAAAUAAGCAGGAAAGUGUUUUUAAUCUCCUGAUAACAUUCUUCAUCUGUUUUCUGCUGAGUGGGAGAGAACAGGUCCAGCAUUGCUGACACACUUAAGGCCACUUGUCCCCUCUUGCACAGCAGCAGGAGAGCUUGGAGACCUUCUUUGAGGAGCAAGAAGCACUUUUUUCCCUAGGGGGGGGACCCACCACUUGUACACCCCAUGGGUAUGGUGAGGGGGUAGAAGCAGGUUUGGCUUUAGGUGAAGAGUAGGAAAAUCAUGAUCUUGGCAAGGAUAUGUACCUUGGUCCUUGGGGGAAGCAUGGCGCAUCCUUCGGGAUGCUUGCAGGCACUCCAGCGCUGCUCCUUCUGCCCUCCUCCUGAUACCUUCCCUUCUGUUGUUGGUGCUCCAGGCUGACAUUUUGGGAAGCCUGGCGUGUGGGCAGGGUGCCCAAAGUGACAGCUUUCAUAAUAGAAGGAAAAUGUCACUAGAAGAGCGUGCUGCCAAGCCGUGUGCCCGACAUAUGCAGGAAGGGGGAGCGAGCAGGCAGGCAGCACCUCCCCGGGGAUCGACCCAGGUCUGGGUCCUGCCAGAGGUGGACUGAAGCCCAGGCCUGGUUUGAAUGUCCCAUCGUUUCUGAUUCUGCGUUUCUUAAAGCCCUUCCCACUCUGGAGAGCAAAAGAUUUUUGCGUCACUCAUCAGGAGCACGAAACCUGGAGCCUCGCUCCUCCCAGCCCCAGGGGUGGUCUUGCUUUCUGCGGUGGUUCCAUCUCUCCUCACAUUGUCUCAAGCCCCUCGACUUCAGCAGCACCUACCUUCUUCCUCAGCUGGCUCCCGAGAUCUCUCCAUUUAUAUUUAUCUACAUAAAAAUACUUAUUUAUUGUCUAUUUCCCCUUUAUAGAAGGAAAAUUCUCCCACUUCCCCAAAAUCUGCCUGUUCCCUCCAAGAAACACCAGCUGCCACACUUCUCCUUGCAGUCACAGCAGGAUCAGAUUUGUCUGACUUGCUAACAGUUCCUUAAUAUUCACCACUGUAAUGUAACAAACAUAUUAAUAAGCACAGGUAGCUUUAUAUUUUACAACUCCUCGACCUCACCCUGGGCUGCCUUCUUCCGACACAGCGGUCCUUUGUUUGGGAGGAAAUUCUGAUUCAUUCCCUAUUAGCAUUUUUAUAGUACUGUGCAUGUUCAAAGAGCCACGCAAGUGGCUUAAGAGGUUAAUGCGAACCUUGGGUUAAUUCAUAAUAUUGUUAGUUACUCAGCACAAUGCUCUUAUUAAUUCAGCUGACUGCAUCUUGCCACGUUGGGAAACACAUGCUGAAAUCAGCAGGGAGCACAGAAAACAAGCAUGGGAGUAGGAUAUUAAGUAUUUUGCUGGCCUGCUAAGGUAGAAUCUGAGCACCUUAAAUUUAUUUUCCCAUUGCUUUUGAGGGCAGCGUUACCCUGCCUCACAGAUGUGGAGCUGAAGCACCAAGGAGGCUGUGCCCAGCAUCCCUGCAGGUCUGGGAGUCUGAGGGAUGGGACUACAAGCCCUCUGAGGGGCACUCAAGACAGGACCCAUCCCCUACCUGCAGCCUCCUCUUUCUUCUGGGUCCAUUCAAAUGGUUCAAAGCAGAAAAAGCUGCUUUUUUUCCUUUGAUACCUGCUGGUUUAAUUGCAGUGCUGGGCUGCACGCGUCUGCCGUGAGAGCCCUUGCAAUCCUUUUCUCUCUGGGGAUAUAACCUGGAGCAGCUGGUGCAGCAGAUCAGCUUGGGAACUAGCACCCUACACGGGUGCUAUUGCCCCACGCUUGGGAAGAGAGCUCAGCUGAACGGCUUAAAGCCAAAUAAAAGCCCAGACAGACAUCAGGAGAUAGUGCCGAACAGCCACUAUGCAUUCAUUCCUUUUGCUUACUCUUCAGAAACCUUCCUAUGCAAAGAAACCCUAAGAACAGAGCCUCAAAGCCCUGCUGUGUUCUUCCCCAUCUGUUUCUUUCAUCCAACUUGCGGGCGCCCAGGUUCGUGCCUUUCCCAGCGGUGCAGCCAGCCAGCCCGCAACUGCUGCCCAACCCCCUGCUCCAAAGGGCCCCCGAUAGCCCAUCUGCUCCAAAAGAUGUGUCGUUUGCAGAUGUACAAGCCUUUUAACAAUGCAAUACCCUUCAGAUAGCAUCAAAUACCUCUAGGUUUUCCGGCUGGCACGUUGCCUACCCUAAACUGACAUAUAUAUGGCCCAACAUUAUAUACAGCGUGCUGAGGUGGACCAAAAAUGGGCAACUAUUCCUAUGCAUGUCUCAAACCCCCAAGUUCCUGCAUUGGAAUAUCGAGGAGUAAACUACAUUUUAGUAGUUGAAUGCGCUGUACAGUAAAUUGUUAGUUUAUGUGUAUUUUAAUUGCAAAUCAACGCUAUAAUUAGCACAUACAUUUCUUGCGCUGAGGCAACGCAAUGUGCUUUAACAGUGAGCAUUAUUAACGGACUGUAAAAGGCAAUGGAGAAUUGGACUAUAAUGUUCUUGUUUUGCAAGCUGUAUGGUGAAUAAAUAAAUUUGUUCUGGCAGCAAAAUUAACUGGAAUAAAUGCUUGUAGCUCCAUCCACCAA